CAAUGGGAAAAAUAUCCUCUAGUGAGGAUUAACAAAAAAAUAAAAAUAAAAAACUUUAUUUGCAAAGACAGGCUGUAGGCCAUACUUGGCCCAAGGGCCAUAGUUUGCUGACCUCUGAUCUAUAGACGUGGAAGUUUUGAGGUUUGGGGGUAUUUUGGUUUUGCGAUGUCUAGAGGUAGAUGGGCCAGGGAACUGUUGCGACUGGGAGAUAUGUUGCCUGUUGGUCCUGUAGUGGAAAGUGGUCAUGUCCGAGUUGUGAGAAGAAUUGCCUCCAGAUUAGGUCAUGCACACAAAAUGGUUGCAAAAUAAAAUGGUCAUUAUUAAGAAAGCCUGAGUUGAAAAGUGCAGAAAGCAAGUUUGAGGGCCUGGUCUUGUGCUGUGUAACCCUUCCCCAUUCUGAGCCUCAGGUUACCGAUGUGUAACUUGGAGAGGAGGCUAGACUAGAGCAGGCCUUCUCAUCCCAGGGGUCUGUGGAUGUGCAUAAGGGAAUCACCUGCACAGUGUUGUGCAAGUGUAUGUGUUUUUCUAGGGGAGGAUACACAACUUUAAGAAAUCCUUAAAAAGCCCCAAAAGCUGAACAAAGUGAGGAGUCAGUUUCUUGAGGGCCUGUCUGGCUUUGGCCUCAGAUGUUCUUCCCCCACGCAGCCCAUCUUGUUCCUUCUGUGGGCUCAAGUAGAUAGCUGUGGGCAGGUGCUGGGAAUUCUUAUCUUUUCAGGAACUGGCAACUGGAUGAGCAGAUAGGAAAAGGAGGUGGCCUGUGGAGGCCCCUACCACCAUCCAGGCCCUGAGAUGCAGUGAUCCCCUGCCUGUCUGCCACCAUUUCCCAGAAUGGACCGUGGCGGCCUCCUGCCCUUCCAACUAUGGUGCCCCCGGCCCUUUGGCACCUACUCACAGAACCAGCCUCGCCCACCUUCCACAACCCUCAAGCCAUCAGCCUGUCCUGAACCAGGCGGCAGGGUUGAGCCAGACCAUGGGCCUGCCCACUCAGAGAACACACCACCCACCUUGGCCCCCGAGGCCCCCUCCUCCCAGCCUGCCCCUCUCCUCUCAGCAGCAGCUGCUGGCGAUGAAGGUCGAGUCCUGCUGGACACAUGGUAUGUUAUCAAGCCCGGGAAUACAAAGGAGAAGGUGGCCUUCUUUGUGGCCCACCAGUGUGGUGGUGGGAGCCGGGCCAGCUCCAUGAAGGUCAAGGGGCACUGGGGCAGUGACAGCUCCAAGGCCAAGCGGAGGAGGCGCUGUCUUGAGCCUACUAAAGCUCCACCGGACCCAGGGGGCCGGGAGGGACCCCCUGCUGCUCAUGGGACCCCAGCCUCAGCUGGUGAGGAUGUGGACCUGCUCUCUGUGGCUGAGAUGGUGGCCCUAGUGGAACAGCGGGCCGCCCUGGCCCUGCAGAACUAUCCCCAUCCUGGCAGCCCAGCGCCUAUGGUCUUUGUGUCAGCAGAACAGGGUGGGCCUGCCAAGGGGCUGGGGUCUGAACGGCGGCCUGGUGGCGGGGACUGCAGCCGUGUGGCUGAGGCGGUGGCUCACUUCGAAGCCCAACGGGACAACCCUCCGGCCAAGGGCCUCCGCAAGGAGGAGAGGCCUGGGCCAGGCCCCGGGGAGGUACGCAUCGCCUUCCGUAUCUCCAAUGGCCGAGAGCCUCGUGCACCAGAUGGCAGCUUGCCCAACGGGAGUGGGGGCCGGCCGGGCUGUGCCUACCCAGGCAGCCCAGGACCUGGGGCCCGAGCCAAGGACAAGAUCACCUGUGACCUGUACCAGCUCAUCAGCCCCUCUCGGGAUGCUCUCCCGAGCAACGUGGAGUUCCUUCUGGCCAGGGCAGACGAAGCCAGCGAGGGGGAGACCCCAGCCCCUGCCAGGCCCGAGGAUACUCCCCCAGCUCCCCCUCCCCCCCCUGCCCGGGACUGCGGAGCAUCCGGCUUCCACGUGGAUGUGGUGGUGACUGGCGUGGUGGACGAGUGCAUCUUCUUUGGCAAGGACGGUACCAAGAAUGUGAAGGAGGAGACAGUGUGCCUAACAGUCAGUCCUGAGGAGCCACCCCCUCCUGGCCAGCUCUUCUUCCUCCAGUCCCGGGGGCCAGAUGGGCCUCCUGAGCCACCCCCAGCCGACUCACCUGCCAUUGCAUCAGGCCCGGACGAUGCUGAGGGCACGGCAGACACCUCCCUGUGCCGCCUGUACCGGCAUGUGUCACACGACUUCCUGGAAAUCCGCUUCAAGAUCCAGAGGCUGCUAGAGCCUCGACAGUACAUGCUGCUGCUUCCCGAGCAUGUGCUGGUCAAGAUCUUCAGCUUCCUGCCCACCCGGGCCCUGGCGGCCCUCAAGUGCACCUGCCACCACUUCAAGGGCAUCAUCGAGGCAUUCGGCGUGCGGGCCACAGACUCGCGCUGGAGCCGUGACCCACUCUACCGCGAUGACCCUUGUAAGCAGUGCCGCAAGAGAUACGAGAAGGGUGAUGUGUCGCUCUGCCGCUGGCACCCUAAGCCCUACCACCACGACCUGCCUUAUGGACGUUCCUACUGGAUGUGCUGCCGCCGAGCCGAUCGAGAGACGCCUGGCUGCCGCCUGGGUCUGCACGAUAACAACUGGGUGCUGCCCUGCAAUGGGCCUGGUGGGGGUGGGGGCCGGGCUGGCCGGGAAGAGGGAAGGUGAAGCCGGGGAAGGGGGGGGAGAGCCCACCAUGCCCACCCCCUCUCCAUGGGAGCUGAGAGCCAGGACUGGGUCACCAGCCCCUACACCCAGUCCAGGCAGCAUUCAGCCCCCUCCAGACUGAGCCGGGGUUCAGAGGGAUGACCUAAGAAAGCACUCACUCUGAUUGACUGACCCCAAUUGGUUUUCUAUUCUUCAGACCCAGGGCCAGGGACCCUCGUGGAGGGUGUUUUUUAUUAGCAUCUCAAGUUUCUUCUCCAUUCAGCCCUAGCACCCUUCCUGCCACUCUACACCCCAGGAACCCACCAGCAGGGAGCAGACGGCAGCUAAUUUUGGUACUACUUAAGGGUUCCCCCAUCCUGGCCCCCUUCCGCUCCCUCCCCCAGUUCUGUCUCUGGAGCUGUAUUCAUUCUCUCACUGGGGAGCCAUUGGAUCACAGAUCACAUUGGGCAUGUGUCGUGGCAGCCUGCCAUUUCUAGGUGUUUUCCCCAUUAAAACAAUAAAAAUCACUGUUUUCUCUUUAACCUCAAGCUACCAGUCUCUCCACUUCUCCCAGAGGGGAAGAGAAGAAAAAGAAAAGUUGAACUAUAAAAAUUUCCCUCCUCCCAUUAUUUAAGCUAUUGUCUUCACCACCACUCAAAACAAAACCCCAAAUAGCUAUGAAACCCUUUGCCUUGCUCUUGGCAGCAUGGGGGGCCGGUGGGCAGGGGCUGUGGGUGUGAAGUUCUGGGUUGUAUUUCCUUCUGCUCCGGGGACUUGUUCAGGCACUGGAGUCUCUCCACCCUGGCUGCAUGUUUCUUUAGAAGAAGCCUCUGGUUUACUGAGACCUUGAUUCUCUGGGCAAUUUGGUCUGGGGUGUUUUUGUUUGUUCUGUUUAGGUUUGUUUUUUUCAUCCCUGUGGUUCUGGAAGCCUCUAGCGUGUGGCAUCUGACCAAUUUUGAAUUGGUCCUUUCUAUAAAAUCCAUAUUUAUAAGGCUG